CCGGCCGGGCGGUGUGCACCGGGGAAGGGAGGUGCAGAGUCGCUGAACUCACGGGCAGCGGUGGACCGUCCGAAGGCUGCGGGAUGCGAGCGGAGGACAAGGGCGUGCUCGGGGGCGGCGGCGGCAGCGACGCGGGACUGGCGGGCGCCGCGGCGCGGGGGCAGGUGGAGAAGGUGCGGCAGCUCCUGGAAGCCGGCGCCGACCCCAACCGAGUCAACUGCUACGGGAGGCGCCCGAUCCAGGUCAUGAUGAUGGGCAACACCCGCGUGGCCGAGUUGCUGCUGCUCCACGGGGCCGAGGCCAACUGCGCCGACCCUACCACCCUCACCCGGCCCGUGCACGACGCGGCCCGGGAGGGCUUUCUGGACACGCUGGUGAUGCUGCACCGGGCCGGGGCGCGGCUGGACGUGCGCGACGCCUGGGGCCGGCUGCCCGUGGACCUGGCUGAGGAGCGGGGCCACUGGGAGGUGGCGCGCUACCUGCGCGCGGCCGCGGGGGAUUGAUGGCAAGUCCCCCCUCCCGCCC